AUGGCAGCUAUAGCGGUGAGAUGUAGCCAUCCGAGCGAGAAGCUCCUCGAGGCACGCACAAGGGAUGAUGAUUGGACUGGCCUCGGGAGUGCGGCCGAGCGCAGGAGAAGACAAAAUCGCCUACACCAAAGGGCGUGGAGGCGGCGCAGGGUACAGAGGCAGGCUUCGACUGAGAGUGUGGAGCCCACAUGUGUCCGUCCACAGGACGAUGGUGUUGCGCCAGCACUUUCCAAUAGAUUGAAAUUAGAGGUUGAGAGCCUGCUCAGAGCUGACUCAAGGUCUGGCAAUGACCUACCAUCACUGAAGCCCUUUUCAUAUUGGGAGCUUCUGAAAGCGGAGCGAGAAAACUGCAAUGUGUCCGUGUCGAAUGAAACCGAGUUAUCAACUCGGCGCCAUCGCCUGAUCCCGCCCAUGAUACCUUAUUCGACUGGGGCGGAUUAUCAGCAUACUUUGCCUCAGUUCCAAUUCCCUCUUGCCCCCGAUCAUCAGCUCAUUGUGCUCAUCCAGUUCAAUGUGCUACGCGCCACGAUGACGAACUUGGCCAUCUUGUCCCUUCAGCACCGAAUGCCAACCGAAUGUGGCGCGGCAUUUCAUAUUCUGCCCCUGUCCGAGGCGCCUUCCACUAUCCCGCCAUCGCUUCAGCCCACCAUGAUCCAGCUUAGUGUGCCUCACGACCUUUGGAUCGAUAUGAUCCCAUUCCCGGCGAUGCGGGACAACCUGAUCAUGCUGAGCGAGUGUGGCGAUGGAAUCGACGAGGAUGAUUUCUGUGAGGAUGCGCUCGGUGGCCUGUACGAGGGCUACGACGAGAUUGAGACGCGCGGGAUCAUUGUUUGGGGCGAGCCCUGGUGUCCGAGCGGUUGGGAGGUGAGUGCAGGCUUUGCGAGGAAGUGGGCACGUCUACUCAAGGGCUGCGACGAGCUUUUAGAAGCCACGCAGCGGUAUCGUUUGGCCAGAGGUGAAGAAAGACUUGUGUUUGAAGUUUAA